ACCAUCAACAAAUUAACUCUGCACUGUGCACACAUAUGUAAGAAUCCUACUAUUAUCCUUUCCCCGUUUCCGACCAGGCUUUCCACAGAAAGCAGAGUAGCGAAGCACAUGUCGCCGGUGAAGGUGUUCGGCUCGGCGCCGUUCACGAACGUGGCGCGGGUGCUGCUCUGCCUGGAGGAGGUCGGCGCCGACUACGAGAUCGUCGACGUCGACUUCGGUGACAGGGAGCACAAGGGCCCCGACCACCUCGCCAGAAACCCGUUUGGGCAAGUUCCGGCGUUCCAGGAUGGAGACCUGAUGCUCUUCGAGUCCCGUGCGAUUUGCCGGUACAUACUGCGGAAGCACAGGGCGACGGACGAGGCCAACCUGCUGCGGGAAGGCGACCCCUCCGAGUCGGCGGUGGUGGACGCGUGGCUGGACGUGGAGGCGCUCCGGUACGAGCCCUCGGUGCACGCCGUGUUCGUCCAGCGGCGCGUCGUCCCGGCGCUGGGCGGGGAGCCCGACGAGCGGGUCAUCGCCGAGAGCGUCGCGCGGCUGAGGGAGACGCUCGCCGUGUACGAGGCACGGCUGGAGGCCACGCGCGGGUACCUCGCCGGCGGCGAGGUGAGCCUCGCCGACCUGAGCCACUUCCCGUACACGCGCUACUUCAUGGAGAUGCCGUACGAGGUGCCGGUGUUCGGCGCGUACCCUCGCGUGACGGCGUGGUGGGAGCGCCUGCUGACGAGGCCGUCGGUCAGGAAGGUGGCCGCCAUGAUGAGCGGCGGCGAGGGUUGAUACGUGUGCUGAUGCUUGCUACUGUUUUCUUUUUCUUAAAAAAAGAGAAUCAUACUCUCUCAUUCCCAUAAUAUAAGGCAUGGUCAAAAUUGACACGGUCUUCAAAACUAAUCUUUAUCCUAUAAUUUCUCAUAUAUUAUAAGGUUUGUAGUAACAAAAUAUAACCAUAUGAAAGAAAAUUCAAAUGUCAAUUCAAUGAUAAAUUUUUUAGCAAGUAAAUUCAUAUUGUACUAAAUAUUGGUCAAAAUGUUUGAAAGUGAAAUCUUGAAAUACGUGGGUGUCUUAUAUUUUAAAAUAGAGGGAGUAAUGGAGAGCGUUUAUAUUUCUGGCCUCUGCACAGGAUGCUUGGUACAGUAUUGUCUAUUGUUUGUCAUAAUGACUACUCUCUUCGUUUUUUAAAAUAUAGCAAUUUUUAGAUGGAUGAGAUAUAUUCUAAUUAAUACUAUGAAUCUAGACAGGGGCUAGCUAAGAUAUAUCUCAUCCAAUCAAAAGUUGUUAUAUUUUGGGAUGGAGAUGGUGCUUAUUACUAUGUAUACAUGAAUUAUGUCCUUGUGAUUAAGACAGUGUGUAUACCUUUGCGAUACUGGAUAUGUUUUCCAUAUCCUUGAGUUUUCACUUAA